CAGGAACUUGGCAGGAGAGACAGGAGUCUCAUCCCUGUUCUCCCCCUCAUUGUAUGGGGCUUGAAUGGCUGGAGAGGGUUUAUAUGAAUAUUCAGCAUACUGCUUGAUACUUUGCAGCUGUGACCCAACCCUUAUUGACCAGAGGGCUUAUGCUGGUAAAUAAUGUUACUCAGUAUAUUUGAGGUAUAGGUUUUGAAGCUCAGGCUUUUGGGAAAUGUACAAUUCUGUUUAUCUUUGCCUUGUCGAAACCUGUUAGGAUCUCAUACUCCAGACUGUGUGGAAGCAAGUUCCAUCUUGCUUGUACAAGUCCAGUACGUUUCCGAGCACUAUUCAAAGUGUUGGUGCUGACCUUUAAAGCCCUAAACGGCCUCGGCCCAGUAUACCUGAAGGAGCAUCUCCACCCCCAUCAUUCUGCCCGGACACUGAGGUCCAGCUCUGAGAGCCUUCUGGCGGUUCCCUCACUGUGAGAAGCAAGGUUACAGGGAACCAGGCAGAGGGCCUUCUCGGUAGUGGCACCCACCCUGUGGAAUGCCCUCCCAUCAGAUGUCCAGAAAAUAAACAACUAUUUGACUUUUAUAAGACAUCUGAAGGCAGCCCUGUUUAUGGAAGUUUUUAAGGUUUGCUGUUUUGUUGUGUUGUUGUUGUUGUUGUUGUUGUUGUUGUUGUUGUCGUCGUCAUUAUCAUCAUCAUCACCACAAGUCUAGAAAGUGUACUUUCAGAAAUGAAGUACCACUCUAACUCCAACUUAACUAUCUGCCUCACUCAAUGACUCACAUGGAAAAGUGUGAGAUGGGGAGAGAUUUUUAGAUGAUGCCUUAGUUUUAGAGUAAGUAUACCUGGCAAUUCCCUGUCAGAUUUAGCAGAGAACAAAAUAUCUUCCCACCUAGGAUGAAUUCAUAAAUAUGUGAGCAGUGGGAGACAUGAUCAUGUCAGAUAUUAGAAACCUUCCUCCAAUUGAUUAGUCUAGAGGUCGUAGGAUGAAUCAUGUCUCACUACACCAGGUUUAUGCCCACAUAUGACCUGUUGGCAACACUACUAAUGAAAACGUGAUAUAUACCCAGUCAACUUUUUUUAUUAUUAAUGGCAUUAUUAUUAUUAUUAUUACUAUUAUUAACACUAUCUCUAAGCCACUCUUUAUCAGUUAAGACCCGUGCGUGGUUUACAACAUAUACAAUAAAGCAAUACAAUUCAAUAUAUCAUUAAAAUUAUAAUUAAAAAUCACACCAUACCAGUAAAACAGAUGGACCUAAUCGAUUACAGAUGGUCUUACCAAGCCCACUUCUCCCAAAAUCCUGGGAAAGGAGGUGUAUUCUUAGGCAGUGCUAAAAGGAUACCAGUUCUUCACUAUAGUUCUAAACAGAGAUUUUGGAAGCAAAAUCCAGUUGAUAUGACCCCAAUCAUAAAAUGGCUGUGCCCCCCCCCCCCAUUUAUGUGAUUUUUCACCUGUGCCCCCCUUGGAAUAUCCCAGGGCCCCCUGGGUGCCAUUUGACCCCCGGAUUGGGAAACACUGAUCUAAAAAUAAAGAAGCAUUUUGAUUAUGACACUACACCAAUCUUCUCCUCUCCCCACCACCCCAGUAUAUCAGGAACUCCAGAUGGACAGGAAAGCACAAGCAACGUCAAGGUUGACGUGUCAUCGCACCGUAACUUCACAAGAAGGAGCCAUUAGCUACCCAUCCACUGUUUUGCAGGGUUGUACAUUUUGCAGCUGUUUGCCUUGCCAUCAGAUGGAGCCCGGCUGGUCCAUUCAUCCCACCACCAACUGUGAUGUUCACCUGAGAGGAAGCCUGAUGAGUUAACCAUUUCUCCUCUCCUACACUCCCCACCCCCACCCCACCCCUUCCAGGUCUAAAACAAAGCAGGCUAAAAACCGAAAACGGACAACAGAGAAAGUGUCCCAAAGAACCAUUUUGUUUUUCUUCAGACACUGUCAAAAGUAGGGGCAAGAGGAACGCAAGCUCUCUUUAUUUAUUACUGAACAAUUAACUUCCACAGCGCUGUGGCCUCCUGGUAAUGGACUUGUAAUUAAACUAGAGUAUGAUUUAUUGAAGUCAGGAGGGAUCUCUCUCUAAAAAUAGGCCUGCUUUAGUGUUCGUAACCCCCACCUCUUUCCCUCCCAAAGGGCAGUAAGUUAAUAACUUUGCUGAAUGAGAUGACAAGAUCUUCGACUUCCUUACAACAACUGCUUGAACUCCUCAGCACUCCAGGUUAUACUGAAAAGUGGGUAUGGCAGCUAGUGUGAAAUCAACACAUCCAAUUUUACACAAUAUACAGAACCAAUUCCAAAACUGCUCUCUCCCCUCCCUCCCACAAAUGACUGAAUAUAAUAUUCAAGGAUCCACCCAUACCCAAAGGCGGAUCCAUGUGUGACAGCUCUUGGAGAGAGCCAGUGUUGUGUAGUGGUUAAGAGCAGUAGACUCGUAAUCUGGUGAACUGGGUUCGCGUCUCCGCUCCUCCACAUGCAGCUGCUGGGUGACCUUGGGCUAGUCACACUUCUUUGAAGUCUCUCAGCCUCACUCACCUCACAGAGUGUUUGUUGUGGGGGAGGAAGAGAAAGGAGAAUGUUAGCCGCUUUGAGACUCCUUCGGGUAGUGAUAAAGCAGGAUAUCAAAUCCAAACUCCUCCUCCUCCUCCUCCUCCUCCUCCUCCUCCUCCUCCUCCUCCUCUUCUUCUUCUUCUUCUUCUUCUUCUUCUUCUGGGUCCCACAUCCACAUCCACUCCCAUCCCCCACCCCAUUCACACAGUAGGUUCACCCUUGCCUGUAUUCAGGGUAUAAUAGGAUUUAAUAACUAUUAGGCAUGAGUGACCUGUUUGCCAACUUCCAAUUUAAUAGUGGAAAAAACAUGUCUAGAUAGCCAUGAACUUUCUAUAGUUGCAUGAAACCCCUGGUCGCCACCACAUCUUGUCCUACUCGCGGGUGGCACUGUGGUCUAAACCAUUGAGCCUCUUGGGCUUGCCGAUCAGAAGGUCAGCGGUUUGAAUCCCUGUGACAGGGUGAGCUCCCAUUGCUCUGUCCCAGCUCCUGCCAACCUAGCAGUACGAAAGCAGACCCAUGCAAGUAGAUAAAUAGGUACCACUGCAGUGGGAAGGUAAACAGCGUUUUCAUGCGCUCUGGUUUCCGUCACGGUGUCCCGUUGCACCAGAAGUGGUUUAGUCAUGCUGGCCACAUGACCCGGAAAGCUGUCUGUGGACAAAUGCCAGCUCCCUUGGCCUGAAAGCGAGAUGAGUGCUGCACCCCAUAGUCACCUUUGACUGGACUUAACCGUCCAGGGGUCCUUUACCUUUUUGUCCUAAUGAAUAAGGUUGUUGCCAAAACUGCCAAAAUUUGACAGCUUUAAGAGAGCAACUGGGGGAAAUGGAAGCUUCCCAUUACCCCAUUGCCCUUAUUAAUCCACAGCAAAAGGCUUUUCUAAUAAAACCUCUAAAUCUGAAAAAGAGCUGUUAGGAAAAAAGACUAAAUUGCUUUCUAAAAUGCAUAAACUAAUAUUAGAAUGGCAUACGAAAGACAAACAGUUCAAAUCAGUUAUGAUACACUGGGCGAGGGACUUUGGACAUAAUAUACAACUUGCAGCAUGGGAGAGGUUUCGGAACUUGGAUUUAAAGUUUGCAGCAUGUUAUACUCUGAAACAUAAUUGUUUGAAAAUGAUGUAUCGCUGGAACCUUACCCCUAGAAAAUUAGCUAAAAUGUAUAAAGCAAGGUCAAAUGCAUGCUGGAAAUGUAAGGAAAAAGAAGACACCUUUUAUCACAUAAUAAUAAUAAUAAUAAUAAUAAUAAUAAUAAUAAUUUAUUUUUACCCUGACCUCCCCAGCCAAGACCGGGCUCAGGGUGGCUAACAACCAACAAUAAAAACAAGUUCAUUAAAAUACAAUUUAAAAGAUUAAGAUACAUUAAAACAUUAGGAUGCAGUCUCUUCAUAGGAGGAGAAAGGAAAAAGAAAGAGGGGGAGGGAAUCAAACUGAUUCUAAACCAAAGGCCAGGCAGAACAACUCUGUCUUACAGGCCCUGCGGAAAGAAAUCAGAUCCCGCAGGGCCCUGGUCUCAUGAGGCAGAACAUUCCACCAGGCCGGAGCCAGUGUUGAGAAGGCCCUGGCUCUGGGUGAGGCUAAUCUAACUUGUGGCAGACCUGUAAAGUAGUAAAAGAAUUUUGGGAAAUGAUAUAUAAUAAACUGAAAAAAAUGUUUAAAAUAGCAUUUUCUUUUUUAAAAAACCAAAAAAACCCUGAAGCUUUUCUCAUAGGACUUCUAAGUGCUGAAAUACCAAGGGACCAGUAGAGACUAUUUAUGUAUGUGACCACUGUUGCCCGGAUGUUACUAGCCCAGAGAUGGAAAGAAGACACAGUCCCUACCAGAGAAGAAUGACAGAUUCAAUUGAUAAACUAUGCUGAAAUGGCAAAAAUGACUGGAAGAAUUAGGAAUCAGGAAGACCAAAAUUUUAAUAAGGAAUGGGGGGGAAAUAUAUAGUUUAUCUUAAAAAUCAUGGAAUGAUACUUGUAGUUGAGUGUUGGACUAUGGUUGUAAUGGAGAUCUAAUGGAACUAGAUUAAUAGAGAAGAUGCAAGAGGAAAAAAGUUAACAUAAGGACCCACAAAGAGGACGAAGGAAGUCCAUGGGAAAUUAUGGAAUUCUCUUUUUGUUUUGGUAGUUUGACAACUGUUUGUAAAUUUCAAAAACUGAAAAUUAAAUUUAUUUAUUUAUUUAUUUAUUCAUUUAUUUAAUCUAUAGCCAAUCUAGCCAGCUAGAUAUUUAUUUUUUAAGUCAUUGUAUUGUAGUGGCCAGAGCAUCAGGGUUGUAGUGGGAGAGAUCAGGGUUCAAGUGCCUUCUCAGACAUGAAGAUCACCUUGACCCAGUCACUGUUUAUGGUACAAUCCUGAAUACUCUUCCCCAUUCAACCAUAAUAUUUUCAGUGAGACUCGAAAAGAAGCUGUGUACUUUCUUAAAUAUUCCUCGCUAACUCUCAGUUCUGAAGUGUACAGUAUAUCCAAACAGCUAACCCCAAGAGAGAGAGAGAGAGAGAGAGAGAGAGAGAGAGAGAGAGAGAGAAGGAAGUACUUAUCUUCCAAGGGAUAUUACCCCAGUCUGAAACUGUGGUGAAACAUACAGAAAGGUCAGAGGGAAAAUUGCUGUAAAGUUGUUUAUCUGCAACACAGGACUCUCCCGGUGGGGUUUUGUACUAGGCUUAGCUGGUUCCAAUCAAGCAGUUACUAGUGGAUGGAAGGCUGAGAAGCAAGCUGCUGAUUUGCUAACACUGAAAGAACUAGAAAUAAUUUAAUUCCUAAGUGAGUGUAAACCACAGUGAUUCAUACAUACUCGCUUCUGGUUUGCGGUCUCCGUUCUGGAGAAAAUCCAUCUUUUUCCCCCUUCAAUGACAAUAGAGACAGAAGGUCCACUGAUUCAUAAUACUAACAACAUGAGACCUAGCAACUUUUCAGCUGGAAUUGAUUUUGAUAGCUUGGAAAACAUUGAUCUUUGGGAUGGAAUAGGGAGGGGGGAUGGGAGAAAUAAGAUCCCAAGAAAUGUGUUGGAUGGAAGUCAAAUGUAAAGCAGCUUUUCGAACUGUUACACAAAUAGCCAUUAUUCAGAAUUGCUGUUCGUUCUUUCCUUGGAGAAACUAACUGGGAGAAGCUAACACAGCAAGAAUUAAUCAUAAUAAUAAUAUAAAUCAAGCUGCUAGAUCUUGUAGGGAGAAGUACUGGAAUCUUAACAACAUUUCCCCCCCGAGAUCUCAUAUAUAGUUAGUUGGAUGGAGGCAGGCAAACUCAUAAUACAUUUUUGCCGCAAUACAAUAAUAAGUGAUUUACAACAAGACAAUCCACAGGUGCCGUAAGCCACUUAAGAUAUCUUACAGCCCCUGAUAGCCACAGCCCUAAGUUGUUUAAAGCACAAGAACUUUCCAUUAAGUAGCUGGUGGGAUGCAGCCAACACGUAAAGGCUGCUCAGCAAUCCCUUUAAUAGGAGUGGAACUUUUGAUCAGUCAUAGGAUACCGAUUUAGUCGUAGCAUUUUGUAACCUGCACUUCAGCCGAAAGACUCCUAGAGCAGCUUACAUUGGCCACAGAUUUACACACAACACAAAAAUGGGGAAAGGGACAGAGAGGCUUAUUGAACAGCUGGGUUCAACUGCAGCACAAAUUGGUUUUGCAGAGGAAGCCAAAUGGUCCAAAGUCACCGAGAGAGCAGCCUCGGAUCAGAAUGAGAGGGAUCCAAAUGGAUUCACUGAAAAGCUUCAAGAGAUCACAGGGUGUGGGGUCACGAAAGGACCAUUUGCGGACCUCUGUGAUAAUAGUUACACUCAGUUCAGAUAGGAUAGAAGUGUUGGCAGCUGGGAGUAUUGAGUGAUUUUGAGACAGUGGCAUUAAUUGCCAAUGACGGAAUCCCAGUACAGUAGUACCUCGGGUUACAUACGCUUCAGGUUACAGACUCCGCUAACCCAGAAAUAUUACCUCGAGUUAAGAACUUUGCUUCAGGAUGAGAACAGAAAUCGUGCUCCGGCGGCACAGCAGCAGAAGGCCCCAUUAGCUAAAGUGAUGCUUCAGGUUAAGAACAGUUUCAUGUUAAGAACAGACCUCCAGAACGAAUUAAGUUCUUAACCUGAGGUACCACUGUAUAGGUUCCAGCGAGUAAAAGGUAAAGGACCCCUGGAUGGUUUAGUCCAGUGAAAGGCAACUAUGGGAUUGCAGCGCUCAUCUUGCUUUCAGGCCGAGGGAGCCGGCGUUUGUCCACAGACAGCUUUCCGGGUCAUGUGGCCAGCAUGACUAAACCGCUUCUGGCACAACGGAACACCGUGACGGAAACCAGAGCACACAGAAAUGCCAUUUACCUUCCCAUUGCAUAGGUACCUAUUUAUCUACUUGCACUGGCGUGCUUUCGAACUUCUAGGUUGGCAGCUAGGACAGCAACGGGAGCUCACCCCAUCACGGGGAUUCGAACUGCUGACCUUCUGAUUGGCAAGCCCAAGAAGCUCAAUGGUUUAGACCACAGUGCCACCCGCAUCCCUGUUGAGGCUGGUGACUGCUGGUACUGAUGGGGCAGAAGGUUGGGAGGCCAACAGUAGAUGAAGCCAGAGUCAAUGACAGGGAGGGUCAAAUUAAUUCUAAUUUUGUAACAGAAAAGUGGCUAACUAACUGUGCAAUUCUGUCUGAAACAUGGCUACUAAUUGGGCUCCUUCCAUCACAAGUAUGUGUAGGACUGAGUUCAAUAGGACUUACUCCCAGCUGAGUAUGCACAGGAUUGUAUGCACACAAGCGUACAGUUCAACUAUCUGUGUACAUACUAUACAGAUUGUACACUCAUUGAACAUUACACGUGAAUAACCGCACAAGCAUACAGCUCAACUGAACGUAAUGUGUGAACGCCUCUAAGAAAAAUAUGAAUAGUCCUAGAAUUUGCAGCACAGAGGGGAGUCUUUCUAGUUCUUCUUUUUCUUCCGCGACACUGCCAUUGAACUCUUACAGUAAACGAAAACCUUGAAGAAACUCUUGUUACAAGCCUGUAACAUUCAUGUUUAUUUCUGUUCCGAGUACCGAAAUCCGUAUAACCUAAAAGUUUCCUGUCAGGACUGUAACCCUUAAUGGCCCAAUAAAUGCACCAGAGCAUCUUGUUUUGGAUUUGGCACAUUGCAGAUACCCAUUAUCACCUUGUGGCUCCUCAGAAUAUAUUGUUGUGCCUUCCCUGUUUCACUCCAGGGGCUGAGAAAAUGGAUUUUAAAAGGAUCUACAUCAUUUCUACAUCAUUUCUAUUGAAAUCUAUGGGAGUUGGAUGUAGGAGGCAGAAUACAGGCCAUAAACUUUUACCACAAGCAUCUGGGCACAAUUUUCUUUUAACAAACAGAAUUCAGAGUUUGUAUAACAGCUGCUGUGGUAACUAGGAGGACUUUAUAGCAGCCUUUUUUAUGCUGUGCUAGCAAUAACCACCUACUUUUAUAGGGAAAGUGUAGUCAUUUCCAGCUGGUGACCUUCGUGUGCUGGACACCUGUCCAAUAGGAAUUGGACUGGAACCCUCAGCACAUUUGAAUCAAGGGAGGGAAGACUGUCAUCAAGGUAACAGCUUUUAUUUUGGAACUCGGAAGUGACCUCUAAAUCUAUUUGUUCCAGGAUAACAUCAUUUUCCGAUAAACCUUGGCUUCUCUACUGGGAUUCACUACUAAGCUCUACAGCUUCAAAUCUAGGGGAAAUGGUUUGGGUUUACGAUAGUAACUUGUAUAACACUGCGAGAUGGGUGGGGUGGGACCCCACAGGAAUCUCCUCUUUAAUGAGGAGACAUUGAGCUUACAGAUGACAUAAGUUUGCUGUCCCAUUUCCGCAGAGAUGCGCAAGCCAAAACAAAUGAUCUUGGAGGUACACAGUUAAUAAAGUUGAGAAUCAACACUGGGAGGAAGAAAAAAAAUAAACUCUGCAGGCAUAAGAAAGAUCAAAUCUCAAGAAGCGCCAACAACUGCUCUUUCUUUUCUUUUCUUUCUUGUAAUUGAAGUCGGAAAGGUCCAACAUUUUGUGUAUCUUGGUGGCACUGCAAACAAAACAGGUGGAACGGAUGAAGAGAUUAAAACCAGGAGACCAAAAGCCAGCCACACCUUUGCGAGUGAAAAGUCAGCCUGGAGGAACAGACUUUCCCCCUCCAAACUAAACUGUGAGUGUUUAAUAGAGAUGUAAAACCUUUCCUUUUAUAUAGUGCUAAAACUUGAAGACUUAUUAAGCCUUUGCUUUUUAAACCCCGAGGUUUCCUUUAAAAAUAGCCAAAAAAACAAAACGACCAUAUUCCAUUGCCAGAAAUAUUUUUUUAGGGGUGAAGAAGCAGUGAUGGCUGCACCAUCACACAUCCUGGUUCUCAAUUCAACCUACAUUUACAGUGCAAAGCUGCCUCGGAUCAAACUCUACACGGGUUGCCUAGAUCGUAAAUUAUUUAGAGGAAUUGUUUAUAAUGUAUAGGUAAAGGUAAAGGGACCCCUGACAGUUAAGUCCAGUCGCGAACGACUCCGGGUUGUGGCGCUCAUCUCACUUUACUGGCCAAGGUAGCUGACAUUUGUACGCAGUUUUUCUGGGUCAUGUGGCCAGCAUGACUAAGCUGCUUCUGGCACAACGGAACACUGAAAUCAGAGCAGCGCAUGGAAACACUGUUUACCUUCCCACCAGAGCGGUACCUAUUAAUCUACUUGCACUUUUUGGCAUGCUUUCGAACUGCUAAGUUGACAGGAACUGGGAUCGAGCAAUGGGAGCUCACCCCGUCAUGGGGAUUCAAACCUCCAACCUCUUGAUUGGCAAGCCCAAGAGGCUCAGUGGUUUAGACCACAGCGCCACCCGUGUCCCCAAUGUAUAUGUAGUAAAGAACAUAAUACUGCAGUAUAUUGUAAGAAAUUCAACUCAGUGCACAUUUAAACAUGAAUCUACCUAAUUCACACUUUCAAAAUAAAAAUAAAAAUACAUGAACUGAAAAACAGGCAUCCUUUGAAAUUUUCAGUUCCCCGAAUUUUGCAAUGCAGUUCUCUAGCCGAGUAGUACAUACAGAAAUGCACGCACUAGGGUAAAUUGUGUGUAAAAAUACAUAAGAUAAUAAAAACAACAAAAUGUAUCAUUUAUUUAUUUGGGCAAUUGAGAUACUGCUUAAUUAGAAUCGUCUCUAAGCUGUGAAUAAGGAAUACAAUACAAUUAAAAUUAAUCCAAGUAAGUUUUGCAUGUGCUCAUGAAGUUUUUUAAAAAACAAAAAAUACUGUCCAAAAAUUGCAUUUAAAUUGUACACAUUUCCAACAGAAAAUAUGCAUUUUGCUAUACAUUUUCCCUCAAAACACACAAUUUACACAUAUUAUCUCCCGAAAAUAUGCCAUUUCAUAUGCUUUUCUGUUCAUUUCCCCCAAAUAAACAUUUUUUGUGAAUGUUGUUGUCAGGGAACUGCCAUCGGGGCUAGAAGCGGAGGGAAGGCUCCAGAGGGAUGCCAGAGAGGGUCCCAGUAGGGAGAGAGGCAGCCCAUCUGCUGGGGAAGGAAAUCAGCGUAACACCAGUGGAGAAGGGGGGCAGAUGGGGGAAUCGGAGAGGAGGCUCCAAGACUCCUCGCCAGAGACCAGCGGAGAGAGUACGGGUACUCCGCUGCCCACACCCUCCCUGCGCAGAAGACUUCCGCGCAAGGAGAGUAGGAGGAGACUUGGCGUCAAACAACUUUUAUGCUGGAAAAGGUUCAAGAAACGCCCACUGACGGAUUCUGCCAGCGACUGAGACGGUCACGAUGCUGGAGGCUGUUCAGUCAGAAAGGGUUUAACCAGGUAACCUCGCCAGCAGUGGCGGCAACUUACGCACGAGCAACCCCUAAAUCCAUUACAGUUGUUCUUGCAAAAAUGUGCAUUUUUGUACAUGUUUUUUAAAAUGGAGUUGCAUCGCAAAAUCCAGAGAUGUGCACAGUGCCAUUGCGAACAGUGUCCAAUUCAUGCAUUAAUCCAGGAAUUGAAAAACAGCUUGGUUCACAUGAACCAAAAGAAAUUCUCCUUCAUCCUCAUGUGCUUGGUCCUCAGUGAUUCACUCAUUUACAAGUGCAUCAGAAUUGUUUAGGGAUUUUUGACCGCCCUACAACAUAUUUUUUUAAAAAACUCUCCAAAGUCUGAAAAUGGGAUUUUUUUGUAUCAUAAGGUAAAGGUAAAGGGACCCCUGACCAAUAGGUCCAGUCGUGGCCGACUCUGGGGUUGCAGUGCUCAUCUCGCUCUAUUGGCUGAGGGAGCCGGCGUACAGCUUCUGGGUCAUGUGGCCAGCAUGAUUAAGCCGCUUCUGAUGAACCAGAGCAGCACACGGAAACGCCGUUUACCUUCCCGCCAGAGCGGUACCUAUUUAUCUACUUGCAUUUUGACGUGCUUUCGAACUGCUAGGUUGGCAGGAGCAGGGACCGAGCAACAGGAGCUCACCCCGUCGCGGGGAUUCGAACUGCCAACCUUCUGAUCGGCAAGUCCUAGGCUUUGUGGUUUAACCCACAGUGCCAGGAACAUAGAAAUCUGAGUCAGACCAUUGGUCCAUGUAGCCCAGUAUUGUCAACACUGACUGGCAAUGAGUUUCCAUAGUUUCAGUCAAGGCUCUCUCCUAUCCGUUCCCGAAGAUGCUGGCAAUUGAACCUGAGAUUUCCUGUAUGUGAAGCAGAUACUCUAUCACUCAGCUCAGCCACUCCAAGUGUCCCUAUUUAUGAGGGACGGUCCCAUAUUUACAGAAACUGCCCCAGUUUCUGAUUUGAUCCCACAGUGUCCCAUUUUCCUUAGGAUGUCCCUAUUUUCAUCAGAAAAAUGUUGGAGGGUAUGGAGUUAUGCGACCCUUGAGUCAAGGAGAUAAGUUACGACACAAAUUUUCGAAGACAUCUUAAAGCAUAGGGAAGGGGUUUUUUUUAAUGUUUAAUGUUUUGUUAUGUUUUUAUAUAUGUGACUAGAGUGGCUGAGGCAAUCCAGUCAGAUGCCUUUGAAGGUGUCUCGGAAACUACAACUAAUCCAGAAUGCAGCAGCUAGACUGGUGACUGGCAGUGGCCACGGAGACCAUAAAGACCUACAUUGGCUCCCAGUAAGUUUCCAAGCACAAUUCAAAGUGUUGGUGCUGACCUUUAAAAUGCUAAAUGGCCUCAGGCCAGUAUACAUGAAGAAGCGUUUCCACCCCCAUUGUUCCCCUUCAAGGGCCUUCUGGCAGUUCCCUCCCUGCGAGAAGUGAGGUUACAGGGAACCAGGCAGAGGGCCUUCUUGGUAGUGGCACCCGCCCUGUGGAACACCCUCCCAUCAGAUGUCAAGGAAAUAAACAACUAUCUGACUUUUAGAAGACAUCUGAAGGCAGCCCUGUUUAGGGAAGAUUUUAAUAUUUGAUGUUUUAUCAUGUUUUUAAUAUUCUGUUGGGAGCUGUCCAGUGUGGCUGGGAAAAUUAUUGUGUUGUUGUUGCUAUAUAAAUAUUAUGGUUAUGAUUAUGAUAUGAUUGUGAUUGAAUAGGACGUCCCUAUUUUCAUCAAUGGGACGCGGGUGGCACUGUGGGUAAAACCUCAGUGCCUAGGACUUGCUGAUCGCAAGGUCGGCGGUUCAAAUCCCCGCGGCGGGGUGAGCUCCCGUCGUUCAGUCCCAGCUCCUGCCCACCUAGCAGUUCGAAAGCACCCCUAAGUGCAAGUAGAUAAAUAGGUACCGCUUUAUAGAGGGGAAGGUAAAUGGCAUUUCCGUGUGCGGCGCUGGUGCUGGCUCGCCAGCUGCAGCUUCGUCACGCUGGCCACAGAAGUGUCUUCAGACAGCGCCGGCUCCCGGCCUCUUGAGCGAGAUGAGCGCGCAACCCUAGAGUCGGACACGACUGGCCCGUAUGGGCAGGGGUACUAUUACCUUUACCUUUAUUUUCAUCAGAGAAAUGUUGGAGAGUAUGCUUAGGUAUUGUCCUUCCCACAUAUGUGGUGUAAAUAAAGCCUAAUGAUAGAAAACAUCACUCCAGCACAAAGCAAACUAGGGUAUGCAUGCAAUAGAAUGCAGUAAUUUUCUCCCUUGCCUCUUGCUUGAACAGGCUUCUGGUUAGGAAGGAGGCCAUCUGAAAGCAAAUCUGAAAACAGGACAGGCCACACAGAAGGUGGAAUGCACUCUCCUAUGAUGGAAAGGGGGAUUAGCAGCAGAAAAGUUGACAAAGUUAUAGGCUGCUGCCGUAGAAAACAAUUAACCUAAGAGGGGGACAUGGGACCCUCUACAUUGCCGAUGAGAGGAACAUUUAGUUCUUGUCAAAACGAG